GGCCUUGUAGUUUGGCACCAAGUGUACGUUGGAAGCGAGAUGCACAUGACACUCCCAUUCCCGUUCCCAUUCACAUCAUCUCUCUCUCUCUCGUGAAUCGACUAUCGAGUCGAAGAAGAAGAUGAUCGAAAGCCGUGACUCAGAGAGAGAGAGAGAGAGAGAGGGGCAGUCAAUCAUCACUCAAAGUUGAUAUAAUAAAUCUGUGGAUGUGGUGGCUGCUGAUUGAUUCCUGAUUUCGUCAAAACAACUUCCAUUGCCUCGGAUCUUUCCUCCACUCUCCACUACUCCCUCUCCUCUCCUCUCCUCUCAGCUUCCACUUGCACUUCACACAAGAGUGACAGCGGGAGACGGUCGGAGCUCUGAGCUACCUAUAACGAUCACCGACGAUGACCUUCUCUCUCCGCCUCAACGCUCCUCCACCUCUCUUACCUCGCUCUCCCACUCCCCGCCUCAACAAGCUCCUUCAUCCAUCCACUCCGCCGCCCCUUUCCUCACUCUCUCCCCACCUCCUCACCGGACCGGCUCUCAGGACACACUCCUCCAUCGUCAGGGCCUCUUCCUCUCCCGCUGCCAUCGCUGAGCCUGAAGGCAUCAAGAUUAAUUCAGUUCCGACGACGCCAAUUGAAGGUCAGAAGACUGGAACGAGCGGUCUCCGGAAGAAGGUUAAGGUUUUUAUGCAAGAAAAUUACCUCGCAAACUGGAUCCAGGCGCUGUUCAAUUCGCUGGCACCGGAAGAUUACAAGAAUGGGCUGUUAGUUUUGGGAGGCGAUGGCCGAUAUUUCAAUAAGGAAGCAGCGCAGAUAAUCAUAAAAAUUGCUGCAGGCAACGGCGUUGGAAAGAUCUUGGUUGGGCAGGAUGGAAUUAUGUCAACACCUGCUGUUUCUGCUGUAAUAAGAAAUAGAAAGGCCAAUGGUGGAUUUAUCAUGAGUGCCAGCCACAAUCCUGGUGGGCCUGAAUAUGAUUGGGGUAUCAAGUUCAAUUACAGUAGUGGACAACCUGCACCUGAGUCAAUCACAGACAAGAUUUACGGAAACACGCUGUCUAUAUCUGAGAUAAAGAUCGCAGACAUUCCUGACGUAAAUCUUUCUCUGCCUGGAAUCACAAAAUAUGGAAAUUUCAGUGUAGAAGUGAUUGAUCCUGUCUCUGAUUAUCUGGAGCUAAUGAAGAGUGUAUUUGAUUUCCCACUUAUCAAGAAUCUUCUCUCUCGCCCUGAUUUUAGGUUUGUCUUUGAUGCCAUGCAUGCAGUCACUGGUGCUUAUGCAAAACCGAUCUUUGUGGAUAAGCUCGGAGCCAGUCCGGAUUCAAUUUCAAAUGGAGUUCCUUUGGAAGAUUUUGGGCAUGGUCAUCCAGACCCCAAUCUUACUUAUGCUAAGGACUUGGUCAAUAUUAUGUAUGGUAAUAAUGCCCCCGAUUUUGGAGCUGCAAGUGAUGGAGAUGGAGACAGAAACAUGAUUUUGGGUAAAGGUUUUUUUGUCACUCCUUCAGACUCUGUUGCAAUUAUUGCAGCAAAUGCACAAGCUGCUAUUCCUUACUUUCAGGGUGGUCCUAAGGGUCUUGCUAGAUCGAUGCCAACUAGUGGUUCGCUAGAUCGGGUCACUCAGAAGUUGAAUCUUCCUUUCUUUGAGGUUCCGACAGGUUGGAAAUUCUUUGGAAAUCUGAUGGAUGCUGGGAAAUUGUCUAUCUGCGGGGAAGAAAGUUUCGGAACUGGUUCAGAUCACAUACGUGAGAAGGAUGGUAUAUGGGCCGUAUUGGCUUGGCUUUCAAUUUUAGCAUUCCGCAACAAAGACAAAAAGCCAGGGGAGAAAUUAGUGUCUGUCUCUGAUGUUGUGAAGGAGCACUGGGCAACUUAUGGCAGAAAUUUCUUUUCUAGAUAUGACUACGAGGAAUGUGAAUCUGAAGGGGCCAACAAAAUGAUUGAUUAUCUUAGAGAUCUGGUCUCAAAGAGCAAGGCAGGUGAAAAGUAUGGUAGUUAUGUCCUUCAGUUUGCUGAUGAUUUCACAUACACUGAUCCUGUGGAUGGAAGCGUAGCAUCUAAGCAAGGUGUGCGGUUUGUAUUUACAGAUGGAUCAAGGAUCAUCUAUCGAUUAUCAGGAACCGGUUCAGCAGGUGCAACUGUUAGGAUAUACAUCGAGCAAUUCGAGCCUGAUGUCUCCAAACACGACAUGGAUGCUCAGAUAGCACUAAAGCCACUGAUAGAUCUGGCUUUGUCGAUAUCGAAGCUGAAGGAUUUCACUGGAAGGGAGAAGCCCACAGUUAUCACAUAAACCAUGGAAGCCCUGUUCAAUUCCUUCCAAAGUUAUCAUCUGAAGCUCUAGGAAGGCUUCUUUUCAUAAAGAAGACGCCUUUGUACGGAGCUGUGGCGUUGGUCUCCUGCUGAAGUUAAAAGGAAGUGGCUGGAGUUUCAUCAUUUUUGCCUUGAGAUAUGCAUAUUUAGUACUUUCCAUUUCCUAAUGUGCUGUAAAUGAACCUACUUGAGAAAAAUGUAAGCAACUGUGCAACUGUAAAUUAUAAAUAUUAGAGAAUCUAGCCAUACUUGUUAUGGAGCUUCUGCAGCUGAAUAAAAGAAGAAUCAGCAGUCUGCUGUAAAAUAAUCUCAUGUGAAUUUUCUGCUGUAACAGACUUCCUUCUUUAACUGGUUGCAUCGAGCCGCCAUUGCUUAUCAGGAAUACAAUGUUUUGAAUGGAUACCUUCUACA